AUGUCAUCAGAAGUCCCUUCUGAAGUGUCAAAUUACGUAAAGAAAGGGUCCAUUACUAUCAAACAUGAGGAGAAUGUUAUAUACAGAACCGCAUGCUGGUGCACUUUUACAAAAGGACAAUUUGCCGGUGAAUCAAUCUUCACAAAGAACAGUUUGAUAUUCGUUCAGAAAGGAAACAACGGCUGGGUUAUCGAAAUCCAAUGGCAGCAAAUCCUUAAAAUGACAUUAGAACAGAAAAGAUACAAUGAUAAAGGAAUUACUUUCGAGCUGGAUAACAACAACUCUAUAUUCUUAUCCGCCAUGAAGGAUAGAGAUGUGUUUUGGUCGUAUGUCCUCCUCUUAACCAAUGCUGUCAAAAAUAAAAAAUCUUCUUACGGUUUUAUCGCCAAGGAUGAUGCAGAAGUCCUCAAAAGAUUAACAAUAUUACGUGCCCCACAUACAAUGGAAGAGCUUAUGCCAGCACAUUUCAGCGAAGUCUACAAAUUGUUGAAAACAUCAGAUUUGUGGAUUGACGCAAUGACGAUGUGCGGCUCUAAGGAUAUAAUCGUAUCUAGAUGGCAAAAGAUCCAGGAUGGUGUUACAAGGAUCAUUCAGUUUACUCAUCCAAUGUUUCAGAUGACAAACAUUUCUUUGGUCCAAAAGAUGAUGAAAUCAGGAAAGACAUCAUCAUUAGAGUGCUUCUAUACAUUAUCUAGAAUUUUGGCCCAGAACUUUUUACAAAUUCCACUUCAAUACUUUAUUCAACGCGAUCAUAAGUCUCUUCAGUUCCGCUGUGCAUAUUCGCUUGAUUGGAUUACAGAAACUUGGGAUAAAGAGUUCGUCGAAGAGGCAAUGAAUAGAAUAUUCUUAAUGAACUUUAACUACUUCAAAUCAAAGAUCAUGAACAAGGAAUUUGAUCGUAGUUCGUUCGAAGGACAGUGGAAGAAGCAUCAACCUUUCGUUCUUGUUAUUGUUGCCCUCAUUCUUUUAAUUCUCACUCUAAUUAUAUCUCCAGAUGAUGUUAACUGGUAUAAGUUCUGUGCUGGACUUGUCUCUCUAUUUAUAUUCUUUAUUAUUUGA